AUGGCCGACGACGUGCCUCCUCCAGGCCUCCCCGAGCGCCUCUCCGGUGCGACCGCCUGGGACCCGGCAGACUGGGCGUGGGACUCGGUGCGGAUGGUGGCCACACCCAUCGCGACCCCGGUGACCAAGCCAUGCUGCGCCACGGCCAGCGCCCCCAGGGUCCAGCGCCAGCCCGCGCGCCGGCCGGGCAGGCCCUCACGGCCGGCGCCUGCGCCGGCACGGAAGCCUGUGCGCGAGAACGUCUGCCAGGCGGACGGCUGCCACAAACCGCUGGCCAACCUCACCUUUUACCACCAGAGGAACAGGAUCUGUGAGGAGCACAUCAAGGCGCCCAGCUUCCUGAAGGACGGCGAGCUGCUGAGGUUCUGCCAGCGCUGCGGCGUGAGCCACCCCCUGGCGGAGUUUGACGGGCAGCGCAAGUCGUGCCGCAAGCAGCUGGAGAAGCACAACGCCCGGAGGCGUAAGUCUGGUGCGUCUCCAUCCGCCCCCAUCGGCACUCCAACCAUGCCAGCCUCCGGCUCCGACAACGGCGGCUGCCUGCCGGGGAGCAGUGGAGCCCCGACCAAGAUCAUGCCCGAGCAAGCCUGGGCCGGCCUCGACCUUGCCAACCCCUCGAGUGGCUGGGGUUGGGCGCCGGGCACGUCCACGCCCCCCCCCAGCUCCUCCUCCCUGUCGCAGCCCUGGCUCGCGGGCGGCGAGUCCUGCGCCUCCCUAUCCGAGAGCCGCAGCGACGGCGCCUGCACAGGCAGCGCCCCCGAUGCGCUGGUGGAGGAGCUGAGCGGAUGGCUGACGCAGCAGCUGGCUGACUCCCCCCUCUUUGGCGCGACGCCGGAGCAGCUGCCACCGGACCUGGCCGACCAGCUGGCGGCCUGGUGCGCGCCCCCUGGCUCCGGCCUGGCCUCGCUGGAGGCCUACCUGCGCCCUGGCUGCCUGCACCUCACCGUGCAGGCCGUGGUCCAGGGCACACCGCGCUGCGACGAAGACGCGCUGGGCGCUGUGCUGGCGGCCAUGACUGGUCGGACCGUCCACCUGGACAUCCCGGCCCCCACCCUGCCCGGCCUGCUGCACGUGGACGUGCAGAAGGGCCCCUACCUGGCCCCUCCCGGUCGGGGCUCGCGGUGCCUGGUGGUGGACAGCCCCGCGGUGGCCGCCGAGCUGACUGCGUGGGUGAGUACUGCGGCGGUGCAGGGCGAUGCACAGUGCAUGCUGGACGCGCUGGGCCUCGUGUACGAGCACGUGGGCGGGCGUGGCAAGAUCGUGCUGGGCUGGGGCUUGUGGAACUCGUCCCCGGCCAGCUCAAGCCUGCCAGGCCCGCGGGACGGCACCGACCGCCACGGCAAACCCUCGCCCGUCCCACUCUCGGUCUACCACCUGGCCGCGGCCGCCGGGGAGGAGUCCACUGCGGAGCGGCUGGUGGAGGCCCUGCUGGAGGGCGGGGUGCGGCCGCCGGCCGCCUCGCAGCUGCCGCCGGGGCACCGAGCGUCCGACUUCGCCGCCAGGCGCGGGCACCACGCACUGGCGGCGCGCCUGCGUGCUCUGGAAGGCGAGGCGGAGGGGCGACAUGCCUUGCCGCCCUCGCCCAAACUCCACCCGGCCCCGCACAGGGCGACCUGCUGUGCGCUUGGGCCUGUUGGCGCGGUGCCAGCGGAGCCUGCCCUGGCCCUGGGCUCGUUCGCGAGGGCCGGCAGCGGGGAGCCGGUCGCCCCCGACACCCCCAAGCGCUGCUGCUGCAAGGGGAGCUGCCCCUGCGCGCUCCGCACCUGCGGCUCCUGCUGCUCCGGUGGCGGCCUGGGCUGUGGGCUGCGCUCCGGCGACUGCCCCUGCUGCAGCGGCUGA